AUGAUUGCUCACUAUAAGUACGAUGAACGAUUAGGGGAAGGUGUUGUUAUUAUUGAUAGUCCAGCCCUGGGUGAAACGGAUGAAAUGGAUGAAGUUUUAAUGAAUUAUCUUCAGAAUGCUCUUGCGCUUAUCUAUGUUCUUGACACUUCCCGUGCUGGAGGAGUACAACAAGAUAUCAAAGAAAAGCUAAAGACCAUCUUAAAAAAGGUGAAGUCCUCCGAUGCCGGCGUUGAGACCCUUCAACAUUUAGCCGAAUGUUCCCUUUUUAUCUGCAAUAAAUGGGAUCAAGUAGAAGAGGAUGAAAGAAAAAUUGAAAAACAAGAGCAAGAGGUGAAAAAGGACAUGGCAGAAAGAGUGGAAUAUCACACAAAAGUUCUCCUCGCCAAACUUGAAGAAUAUAUACAUUCGAUGGAUUUCAAAACGAAGUUCUGUACUUGGGAUAACGGUGCAUUUCCCCCGCAUGGAAUAACUUGGGAAGUAACAAGAAGCAAUGUCAACAUGGCAAUUGAUAACCGAUUCAAAGAAUUGCUUAUUGAGUGGGAGAAUGACCAUCAAGUUUAUGCUGAAAUUCACAGGCAGCUUCUGGACGAAUUCCGUACAAGGCUGAAUCUUUUGGAAGAGGAACUUCAAGGUGUUGACAAGGCGAUGCAUAGUGUGGAAAGACAAGCUGAUUAUUUGAAGAAUCGAAGUAAAAUUUCGACAACAACCAAAGUUAUCUUCGGUGCAACGAGCCCUCUUUGGAUUCCCUUUGGUGUGGCGGGGUUGGUGAUUGGUAUGCCUGUUUUGGGAGCAAUGGCGGUAAAACGCAAAGUAACUAUAAGAAAGAAGUUUGACAAUUACCAAAACAAUCCGCGUGACUAUCUGAAAAAAGAAUCUGAAAAAUAUCUGGAGCGACUGCCAAAAGAAUACGUGUUAGAAUAUGCCAACGCCAGAUGGAGAACACCAAAAUGGUGCUAUCAAAAAUGGAGAUCAAAUUCCCAUCCUGAUCGAGGCUGA